AUGGUGGUACCAAAUUUUAUUGAUAGUAGCAGUAGCGACGACAAUUACAAUAGCAGUGACGGUUAUUUCAGUAGCAGCAGCAGCGAUAGUAGCAGCGAUGAUGAAAACUUUGCGGCUGAAUCUAAUAUUCUUCCUCGUUUCAAAGAUAUUGCUGAAUUCAUUCAAAAUGAAGAUGUCAAUCAACUUCACAUUGCCAUAGAUAAUUUAACUGGAAGUAUAGAUGAACCUUCCAUAGACGGAGACACUGUUCUUCACCAUGCAUGUAAUUGUUUCAGUAGAAAAUCUUUUGAGCCUCUCCAUGAAGCAGUAUCAGGUAGAAAUAUCAAUAUUGUUAAAUUAAUAUUAGAUAUUGAGACCCGUAAUUCAGGUAGUAUAAACAAAAUGUUAGAAGCGGUUGAUAUAUUUGGUGAUACGCCUUUACAUACAGCAGCACUCCAUGGAAAUUAUAAAAUUGCUAAGUUGUUGUUAAGAAUGGGUGCUUCAACUCAAAAAUCUAACCACCAUGGAAAGUAUCCAUAUGAAUUGGCUAAGCCUAACUCGGAAUUGAGAAGAAUAUUGAAGGGAAUUCAUUAA